CUAGCACUUUACUCUACUCACUUCAAUGAGCUAGACACCUCUUUUAAGAUGUCCCAUGUGCAGAAUUGGACCUCUCUUGGUAUUGUCGACCCGUCAUCCCCUCCUGUCUUCCAAACUCCUGUCAAGCGCAUUCAUCAGACCGAUGAUGUGGGCAGAUUCCUUGUCAGUUUAGCCUAUCGAGACAUCGGCCUCUUCAUUCUUCAGCUCAAUCAUGCUCUUUGCCCGCGGCAACCAAAUGGCUCAUCAUUUCCGUCUGUAUUUCCCCUUGGCCCCAGUUCCACCACUACAGCCUCCAUCCAAUCUUGCCAAACGCUACUAUCGCGCAUCCGCAAUCUCAUAGGCAAAGCACCACCAGAUCCUGGAUCCCAAAGAUUCGGAAACGUAAGCUUUCGUAAAUGGUAUCAACUGUUGAAUGCCGAACUGGAUGAUUUGCUCGAUCAUGGAUUGCUUGGAGAAACUCUACGAAUAGGCAAUGGGCAUGCCAAAGAUGAAGUAGCAAGCUACUUGCUAGGAGCAUUUGGCAGCCCACAGCGCCUAGACUAUGGAACAGGGCAUGAACUCAACUUCAUUGCUUUCAUUGGGUGUCUCUGGAAGCUAGGGCAUUUUAAGGACGGCAAACAAGGCGGCGGCAUUGAGAGGGAGAUUGUACUCUUGGUCGUGGAACCGUAUCUCGAUAUUGUAAGGCAGCUCAUAUCGACAUAUACUCUUGAGCCGGCAGGCUCUCACGGUGUAUGGGGUCUAGAUGAUCAUUCAUUUAUUCCAUACAUUUUCGGAUCUGCGCAGCUUACGCGCCCGAUUAGCAGCGAGCUUGAUUCGAUGCCCACUGAAGGCUCCGUAAGGGGCGCACCAAAACCGAGCGAUGUUACCAAUCCUACCAUUGUCGAAGACAUGAGACAAACCAACAUGUACUUCUCGGCUGUUGCAUUCAUCAACGACGUAAAAAAGGGUCCAUUCUGGGAGCACAGCCCAAUGUUAUUUGAUAUUUCUGGCAUAAAAGAUGGAUGGGGUAAAAUCAAUAAAGGUAUGAUCAAAAUGUUCAAUGCCGAGGUUCUAUCGAAAUUCCCAGUCAUUCAGCAUUUCCCAUUCGGCUCGCUUUUCGCCUGGGAUGAGAAUAGGCAGGUGUUAGACCAGGAUCUUCGCAGAGAGACGACGAGAUCGCACAGUCACCUGGGUUGAACGCAUGCCUACCGAUAAGCUAGACAAAAGGAUUGAAUCGUUGCAGCAGGCAUUACGUCGCCCAGUUAGGUGUGUUGCAAAUAAUGGCUAGUCAAGCCAAUGAAGGAAGCAAGCAACAAAUAGCCGUGGUGUGGCGGUAGAGACACGCCUCAUAUACUCAUAAGCGUCCGUAACCAACCGGUGUUCGCUGAAACAGGACGAAUGCAUUCAAGGUCUGUCCCUAUCAAAAUCCACGCAUUGUUCCCAGUCUUGUAGCGACAAUCAUCAACCGAAGAAAUCUGUU